AUGGCUUCAAAGGAUAUAGUGGUAAAUACACCAAACACCUCUCCUUCGAAUAUGCUAUCCUAUGCCCGAGACAAUAUUACUAGCACUAAUACAGUCAUAGUUAAGAAUCACUUCCAAAUGGCAGAUGAAAAACAAGAAUUUGAUACGCUUAGUGAGAAUAACAUCUUUGCACCACAUUCAACUGAUGAAAAAACACUUUCUGAGCAAAAUCCCAAACUUUUUGCCGAGUUUUGCAUUGCUGUUCAAAACAAGUCCUAUUCGUGUGAACUGAGGUCACUUGCUGUAAAAAUAUUGCUAAGGGUAAAGGCCUUUGAAUAUUUGGUUUCAGUGUACUGUUGGGAGGGAGAGAAUCUUUUGGAAAUUAGAUAUUUGAGCCAAGGAUCAGAUAGUCGAAGUGGUAUUUAUGUCCAAUUUGAAGCUGAUAAAUCUAGUAACUCAUUCACAGUGUUAGUAAAUUUGGCUCAUAAAUUCCAACAAUACAGUUUUAGAGAGGAAAAUCAAGAAGAAAUAUUUGAAUUCUUACAACAUGCCCUCAUUUAG